AUGGUUGGCGUUCUAGUUCUGAAGCCCUUUCCGCCUCCGGCCAUCUUAGUGUUUCACCCACGAUCUUAUGCUAAUGCGCCAUUGAAGUCACCCAGCAGAGUUCCUGAGUCUCCGUCCUCGAAGAAGAAUGCUCACUUAGCUGCUGGUCGCAAUCAGUCCCCGGCCCCCCUCUCAUUCUCAUCCGUCGCCCUGACUGCCAUCCUACGAUGCCCAGAAAGCGCCCACGCCAAGACUGAGGAACUCGACAUACUCGAUGAUGCUACGUUGGAGGCCAAUAUCAGUCACUCCUCUGGCGACAUGUCUGAAGAGCGGUCGACAUCCGCUGAUAGCGCACAAGCCGCCCAAAGGGAUCAAGCGCAGAGAAUGGCUGCAGUGGUCGCGCAGGGAGAGACGUACUUUGGGGUUGACCGUGAAGCAAGAACGUCUUUUCCAGACCAGAUGGAACAUGAUGGUAUUGAGAUUCGUGGCUUUAAUUCUCGCUUUCUUGUAGCUCAGGUGUGA